AGCAGGAGCCAUGGACGUCGUCAUCAUCGGUCCUCCCCAAUCCUGCAUUUGGCCGGUUGGCCCUUCUUGAGCUGGUCUUGGAAGGACAGCCCACAAUCCAUCCGUCCCACCUCUCCAAGUCUACCAACGUCUCAACUUCUCCCAGAGCCAAUCUUGCCAUGGGUCUGAACACCAUAACUUCUGCCACUGCUAUUCCUCUUGCGCUCCUUGAAUAAUUCUCCUUGGAAACCUUACUCCACCACUUCUAUCAAGAUGGCUACGCUAGCAUCUAUCCCGAAAUCAAAUAAUGGGUUAUCCCAAUCAAUCGACCAAGCAAACCCUGGCCAUCGGAUCCCGUCAUUUGAGAGACUUCGCUCCCGAUCGCGGGUGGUUUUCCUGUCCAGACGUCCAACCCGUGCAAGGUACUCGAGGAAAAAGGCUCGAAGCGAAUCCGGCUCUCAGCAGCUGUCUUCCAACUCCACGGCCUCGGAUCCUACGCCAUUAGGGAACACAAAACAGGCCAUGAGCACCAACAAGGAGGUAAAAAGUCGAAACGAUCAAACACACAACUGCCAUGCACCUAGUGGAACGAUCUCAGAUCCGAAAGGUUAUGAAAACGAGUACCUCGGUCACUCUGUACCCGCUGCCAACGGAACACCUUUUGACGUUUCACCUCAAAGUCUUGGAUUUCCGGAAACGACUGGAUCCGGGCAUUGUGACGAGAUGAGCAGCACAGCCAACUUUGACGGGCAGCAUGGAAUUACAUCGACGACCACCCCGAAGCAUACCCCGAAUCUGUCACAGAUGUAUCAACCUUGUGAAACCACUGUUACCGAGAAACACUUACAACACCCUUCUCAUGAACCAGUAUGCGAUACUCCACACGGGGUUACAAGUCCCUUGCGGCGAUCUGGGGUCGACAGUCUGCUUGUGGAGACAAUCGCUCGGAACGUUGCUCAACAACUCCAGAUGUUGUCCAUCAGGAGUGAGCCAAGAUCUGAUCGACAGACUCCCCGGGACUCAGAUGAACAGUCCCCUGAAUCGUAUCCCAACUCCUCUAGAACCUCAAGCCAGCGAGUGGCUUUGGAUCGUUUCACACGAGAACUCCAGAGAUAUGCUGAACAUACUAGAGCUAGGGGCAGAUUGCCCAUCUUCACACCUACGCCAACAAAGUCUGGUGCAACUCUCCGCACAGUAUCUGCUCUUGUCCCUUUCCGGUCCGAGUUCAAGGCUGCCGGCUUGGCUGUGACAUCCAAGGAUCAAGCAACACCCCACCCUCGUCGUACCAGGACCAGAGCGAUUCGAGCUACUCGGCCACCGCAGCUUCCCAAGCUGUCCAUCAAGGAGACACACCUGAGUCAACUGGAUGGGAAUGAUGGCUGCUGCCCUAGCUCAAACACGGAGAUUUCGUUCACUGCACCAAGCAAUAUGGAUGAAUGGAGAUAUGCCAUGAUGGAUGAAGCAGCCCCUCACAGACACCGGAAGCCCUUGAUUAGCAGAGCACCCAAAUCCAAAUGCCUUCCUUGCAUCCCGAAUUAUCAUGAAUCGCCAGAAUGGGGGUGCCUUCAGAUUCCACAGAAGUCGCAAUUGCGGAUUCAUGCACCCGAGCCUGUCACCAGAGCGCCGCACAUCGUUAGUGAUAUGACAUCAAAGAUGGCCAAGCUUCCGGCUAAAGCUUCCGUUCCGGAGUGGAGACGUUUACCUGCACCUCAUAUUGUUUAUCCACAUCAUCAUCGACAAGGUCCUCGCACGAAGGUCAAUCAUACAGCUGAGCGAGUUCAUCGAGCGGGACCUGGAAGAGAGCAUCCCACAGGGGCAUCAUCCGGGUCAAGACAGUCGAUCCCAGUGACAGGCCUUCGCCGACAGUCGAUGACAUUACCUUGGCAAGUUGCCGAUGCUGGAUCAUUCCCUAGCAACUGUUCAAUCGAGAGAUCCAACCUCAAAAGGCAGCGGACUCGGACAGUCAAGGUAACUAGCACACCAAAUGCUAGGCUUCCGAUAGCUCAGUUGAAAGAGGUCAACUGUCAGAAACCAGCUCGCCAUUCUCCACGGCGCCACCAAAGUGUACCUAACUACGACAUAACUAAAGAUUUGCAAAAGGUGAAGGCGUACCAGAAGCCUUUGCCAAAUCUACCAUCGACACCGAAUCGGGACAUUGGCACAGCUCCUAGCAUUGAAUCAGUAGCUGAGCCAGCAAUAGAAAUACCAGCCAAGGGCAAAGGGGCCGAGGAAGCGAUAAAAAUAUGCCAGAAAACUCACGGUUGCCAACUUGAACCCCAUCCUUCCCAUCAACAUGUUACCCCCCGCGCUCGAGGUUACUCGAGUCAACUUGCUGCCCGACCAAACAUCCCCCAGAGAAUGUCAUCGAUGAAGGGAAGUCUCCACUCGGCCAACUGGGAGGACUGUGAUGACGAGGUCAUGGAUCGUGAUGUGUUGAGGGGCCUGCAUAUUGCAGCAUCCGCAGCAUGCGACGAGAGGGUUGAUGCCCUGAUCCGCCGGAAGACGGGUUUCCAGAUUCGGCGAUUCCUAGUUGGCUUGACGCCGUUUGAGAACCUAGGGGAUACGCCAUUGCCGAAGAUGAAUGGGCAACAGGCGAGGAGGAGGGCUGAAGUAAGAAAAGUGAAGCAAAGGGUCCGACGGUCUCGGGAGGUGCGGAAGUCAAUGAUGGCGUGACCCUGCUCAUUACGGAUGCUUGGCCGCGACGCAUUGCGUUGAGUUGUUGACAUGUAUUAUCACACGAAGGCUUUGUAUACUUGACUUCCCUGUUCAUAGAACAUGGUGUAUUAUAGAUAGAAGGUGCAUGGCACUAGGCCGCUGUCGCUGUAUCAACAUAAAUUCAAGAGACGGUUUUGGGGGGAUCAUGCAAACCAAUCCCCCGAUUCAUAAUUGCAUGGUAUGUCGUUGGCCUGAAGCCUUACGAGCGUUGUAG